AUGUAAAUUUAUACUACAAAUGGCACCCAACAUUUAAGGGAUCAUAUUGAUAGUAAUGAUAUUAUUAAAUCAAUAGAUAAAAAGCAUUUGUCUUCUAGCAGCCAUGGAGGUGGUAGUCCUAUAGCAGCAAUAUUUUUUGGAGGAUUAUUCAUAGUUGGUGCCUUUUGUAUGCUAUGGUAUAAUGAAAGAAGGUAACUAUUUAUAACUUAACAACCUUAAGAUAAGCUAUAACGGAAUACAGAAUAAAUCAAGCUUAUAAGGAAUGUACAUCAGUUAAUUCAGCAGAAAUUAAUCCUAACACCAAUAAUAAAUUAAUUCAUACAAAUGGUUAUAUUAUAAAUUAUCUCUAGGUCAAAGUCAUACCAAUUCUUUAAUAAUUGAUGAUAUCUUUGGACUCAAAUUAAGUGAUUGUGUCAAAUUAAUAAGAACUGUUGAAAUGUUUUAAUGGGUUAGAAGAUCAAGAUAAGAAAAUAACAGAACCACUUAUUAUUAUGAAUAAAUAUGGAGUUCAACUUUUCAUGCAGAAGUCGGUGAUGGAUACUUUAAUGAUUAAUCAAAAUGGAUUGUAUAAGCUUAAGAUUAAAUUAAUGAAAAUGUAUAUGUUGGAGCUUAUUUAUUAACAAAAUCAUUGGCUGAACAAACAGAUGCAAAUGAAAUUAUUAAUUUAACUACUGAGCAUGCCUAAAAUGUAGCUAAAUAUUUUUAAAAUUAAAGAAUAUUUUAACAUUUGUAAAUAAUAUUAAAUAUAAUAUUAGUGAUGCUUAAGGAAAGGAAAUGUAUUUCUAAUAAGAAAAAGGAAGAAUUAUCAACAAUGAUCUUAGAGUCUCAUUUCGAGCUGCAAGAAUAGGUCCAACAACAGUAGUUUCAUAAUAAUAAAAUAAUACUUUCACUCCUUUUAUUAUUCAUGAUAAAUAUGAAUAAACUUUAAAUUAGGAUGGUGAGAAUAUAGAAAAUUCUAAUCCUUUUGGAAUAUUAAGUUGCUGUUGUUGUUGUUGUUUAUGUUGUUGCUAACUUUGUAAAGCCAUAGAAUAACCAUUAUCAGAAUUGAAUUUGCUUUAUUAAGUUAUCUUAACAUAAUAAUAAGUUUUUAAGAAAUUGGCUGAAGAAUAUGCUUGUUUAACUCUUUGUCAGAGGAUCACUGGAUAUAUAUUAAUGGUAAAUAUCAAUCAUAUUGUUAGGGUUUUGGUUUUUAUUUAAUAUUCUAUCCUGUAACAUGGGUUGUAUCUAUAAUUCCUUUAAUAGGUGAAUUUUUAGCUGCUAUAACAGGAUUUGCUUUUUUUUUGGUAAGUUUUUUAAUUUCUAUCCCCUUUUCUAUUCUAACAAUUGCACUUGCAUGGCUUUUCUAUCAUCCAAAGUAUGGAAUUGCAUUAAUAGCAUUAUCUGGUUUGAUUGGAACUGCCAUCUAUUUUUAUUUAAAAAGUUAAUAAUGA